AUGGAUGCGCAGCAAACGCCAUCGUCUCCGAAGCAGAGCGCCGGCUACGGCUUAUUACUCAUGUCUUGUCCCGAUGCUCCGCUGCCCGCAGCGUCCUUGGCUGUGUUUGCCGCGCCUCAGCUUCGCAACUUGCUCCCGCCCACCCUCGAGGAGUUGAGACUCUCAGACGUAAAAUUCGACCGCUCGCCCGACAGUGUCGUCAAGAGGGACUUGGAGCCCAAGGCACCGAGGAUCCCCGGUACAUACACGGUUGUGUUGGACGCCCUUCGAACCCUAAAGCUCUACACUCAUCUCGAGCCGAUAUUCGCAACCCCGCACCUCAUCGAGUGUCCCGACCUCGCCCGCCUCGUCGUCUAUGGCUGGCCGGAGCCAGAGGAGCGCUACCCGAUCCCCAGAGACGCCACGACGCGCUGCACACUGGACAUCGAUACUCAACUUGAAACAUUCCAGGCGCACUGGACUUAUGGCUUGUUCUUGGGCCAUGCUUUCACCCUCGAAGCAGACGACGCAACGCUGGCAAGAAAACAGCGGCAGUAUUCGGACAGGGAUUGCGCCAAGGACGAGAACAUUGCGAUGGUUACGGUAGUCCUUCACUCGUCGGAGAGUCGCGGUGAAGAAGUUGGCCCUGUCAAGUGUAGUGCAGCGUGA